CACCAUGCCUGAACCACUAAAAUCUGCUUCAGCCCCUAAAAAGGGCUCCAAGAAGGCCAUUAACAAGGCUCAGAAGAAGGAUGGAAAGAAGCGGAAACGCGGCCGCAAGGAAAGCUACUCCGUGUACGUGUACAAAGUGCUGAAGCAAGUCCACCCCGACACCGGCAUUUCCUCCAAGGCUAUGGGGAUUAUGAACUCCUUUGUCAACGACAUCUUCGAGCGUAUCGCCGGAGAAGCGUCACGCCUGGCGCAUUAUAACAAGCGCUCGACCAUCACUUCGAGGGAGAUUCAGACGGCCGUGCGCCUACUGCUGCCCGGGGAGUUGGCCAAGCAUGCCGUGUCCGAGGGCACCAAGGCCGUCACCAAGUAUACCAGCUCCAAGUGAGCCCCUCGCUGCAGUUAUAGGUCCGCUCUGACCUACACUCCAAAGGCUCUUUUCAGAGCCGUCCACGUUUCUCAAGAAAGAGCCAGUUCGCUGUUAGCUUGUCUCCCCUUAGGUACCCUUUAGGACUCGCUUCGUACAUAUAAAUGUACACAUA